AUGGUGGUCAGGGUAUCGAUCACACCGUGGGAAUUGUUUUCCGCCCUCAGAUCGUUUCUGUUGCAUACAGGAUGGCAUAAGUUUUACGUGUUGCACUCGAUCACGAUUGACGAGAGCGUCAAGACGAUGCUGAGCAUAGCUCCGUUAAGCUACACGUCGGUGCCCAUAUCUUCCGACUCGUCAGACCUUAUGCUGUUCAGAUCUAUGGUGGAACUGUCGACUUCCGAGGCUUCUGUGGUGGUAGUGGUCGGCGACCGGGACUCGGCGCAAACGGUCUGGCGCCAAGCGGCCGCCCUCGGGCUGUUGCCCACUGGCAACGUGGCGUGGCUGUGGCUGGACAUCGGCAACACCGGCGGCGGCGGCGUCAACGAUACCGGAAAGAGGAAGGGCAACGUGCCGGUGGGAAUGCUGUCACUGCGUCCCGUCGCACCACCGCAGGCUGAUAAGCACACCGUCCGGGCGGCAGUGCGGGUGUUCGCCGAGUGCGUCAAGGACGUGAUGGCGGCCAGGUGCGAGGGCUGGACGCCCAAGGUGGCCAGGGUCGGGGACCCGUGCGUGGACGUUUUGCGGGGCCCCGAAUUCCCGGGCGAUCUGUACAGGUAA